AUGGCGCACCCAUCCCCCCAAGCAUCAGGGCUAAAUGAAGCAACUCGAGCCAAGCAGCAAUCAACGAAUCUGAAACGAACGCGCAAGAGAAGCACUCUGUACUGCAAACUGGACCAGGAUCGACAUGAGGUCCGCCUUCUUACCAUCCACCCGCGAAAAGCACAACCCUUCUCGUCGCAUUCUGAACGCAAUGCCAUCUCAGCAUCCUUGACCACCCAGUCUCUGGACGACCCUGCCGAGUAUUUCGCUCUUUCCUAUGUGUGGGAGUCGGGUCAGUAUUUCCCACGGUCGCAUAGGAAAGGCACGCGUCGCGCAGGCCACCUUCUUGUAGAUUCCAUCCGCAUUGAAGUGAAUCGGAAUCUUUGGCUUGCCAUCGAGCGAAUUCGCCAAGAUGAAAAGACGGUUCGGAUAUGGGUCGAUGCAGUAUGUAUAAAUCAGACAGAUCUGGACGAGAAGGCAUGGCAAAUCGGUCUUAUGUCGCGCAUUUAUCAGCAAGCAUCUCAGACUUGGAUUUGGCUGGGAGAAGGGUCGUCGUCAACCCGACUAGCUAUGGACUUCCUUGGCGCCCUGACUCCGAAAGGGUUUCUUGAGGAGGUGAAGACGUUAGACGAAUACUGCCAGGAACACUUUACAGCCACUCCCCAUCUCCGUCCCCCUUUGAUCGAUGAUUGGAGGUUUUGCAGUGUCUGGACCGAUAGAGGUUCACCGCUGGCCAAAUGGGAUCAUUUGAAAAGUAUUCUCAGCUUGCCUUGGUGGGGGCGGCGAUGGGUUAUCCAAGAGGCAUUCUUCUCCAAGAAACCAGUGGUUAUUCUUGGGAACGUAUCUGUUCCCAUGGACAAGUUCGCGGAGCUGGCUACCUGGCAUGCUCAAUAUCUCUCGGCGACGAGGCAUAUGCACGUUCUUGUCAAGGAGCUCUUCCGAAAAUGUCCCUUCUACUAUUUGCUGAGGCAGUGGAAGACGUAUCGGCGUGAUAUCUCUAUUCACAGGGCUCCUCUUCCAGUAUGGCUAACACUCUCUCGGGAUUUUAACCAGAGCAUUCUGCGGGACUUCAUUUUUGGUGUUCUUUCACUAGCUUCCCCUCGUGAUCAGCUCAAUAUCCAGCCUGACUACUGGGGCUCUGAUCAUAUGGUUUUCGUCCGCCUGUUUAUUCACCUGAUUGAGAUCUACGGUUUCAGAACGUUCCGGUUUAAUUUACCGUCUUUCGAGUCCCUCGGAGGGUUAACUCUCCCAUCUUGGUGCAGCGGUGAUAAAUACGGAGGGUUUCAAAACGCGUUGAGCUCGUCGCGGUCGGCAUCACAGGAGAGUGGACACUUUGAGGCCUGCGGAAACACCAAACAAUAUAUUCGAUACAUCUAUGAGCGCACCGGUGAUGAGGUCCCCUUUACCCGGCCAGGUUCACCACAGUCUACUCUAUCUAGCGAUAUACUGAUGGCAGCAAAGGGAUUUCAAUUCGAUGAGGUCAUCAUUGUCGUACCAACAGGCCUGUCUCCUAAAGGCGGUAUUGACGACAUACGUUUCAAUUCCCUCGAGGAGCAGCUCCAAGAUGCAGUCAAAAGUUGGCAGCGGCGUCUUCGGGGCAUCCAGGCUGAUCCAUACCGAGAUACGUGUGGUCGGUCCGAAGCAAUGUUCAUGACCCUUCUUGGAGGGCGGCUUGGAAACCUUACCAAGGCCGAUUGCCAUGCCCAAUUUCUACAAUGGGUUGAACCCAGUGCUAAUUACUCGACACGGGGUGAGAAGAGAAAUAAUUCUCUAGCCAAAGAGCCAGGCUGUAGUUUAUUCUAUGCGGGCAUCCGGCCACGCUGUUUCAAUCGCUCGUUGUUUAUUACAGCGAAAGGAUAUGUAGGGCUUGGGCCACUCGAUGUCGAGGAAGGGGACAUAAUCUCGAUAUUCCACGGGGUCACCGUUCCAUUAGUGUUGCGCAAGCAGACCAAGGCUAAAUAUCAUUCAUUUGUGGGAGAGACAUGCAUUCACGGCAUCAUGCACGGAGAAGGAGCAGCAGAGUAUUGCGGGGAAGAAACGGAAAUCAUUAUGGUAUAA